AUUGGAUCACGUAAUAGACACGCACUAGUCCAGCAGCAGCUAAACUGUCAGGGAGCUGAACCUGUUCAGUCAGAAAGCCCUAAACAACGCGGAACACACAUUAAACUCCAUAUUUCACUUAAUUUAGCACAUCUUCUGUCAUGGAGCAAGCGAAGCAGGAGGUCUUUGAUCAUGCCAGGCUGCAGGUAAUCAACGAUGGGUACGAGAAGGCAUUUGCGUGCAUCAAUAAAGGUCUCACAGAGGAUGAGGUGGGCCACAGUGGAGAGGCGCUAAAACUCUACCGGCAAGGGCGGCAACACCUCCUCAGGGCUCUCAGUGUUCCCUCACAGGGCAUGGAGUGUGUGGGUCCCUCCUGGGAAUCGGCUAGGCAGAUGCAACACAAGAUGCAGGAGACCCUCAACAGCAUCACCACUCGCCUAGCCAUGCUGGAAACCAGCCCAGACCCCAACAGAGUCUCGGAUAGCAGUGCAGCCCCUCAGAAACUCUACCCUGAAGUCCCAAAGGUCAAGCCGGAGAGGCCGACUCCACCACAGAUGCUCGCUUCCAACGGCGGGGUUGCAGGGGCUUCGGGUGGGCCUGUUCCGGUCUCUCCCUCAAUGCAGCCCAAUAUGUUAAGCGACCAGCCUCCUGCAUACACCGCUCAAGCCGCUGAUGGACACCUGUCCAUUUCCUACGGCACCGUCUCAGGCGAGCUCUCCCUGGUUGGCGAUGAGUUCUACAACCAUACGUCUAAUUCUACACCACCUCCUCAGUGUCUGGGGGAGGAUGGAGAGGAACUCUUUUUCCUUCCUCAAGGGGUGCAGAUCUUCUUUGUUACACCUGAGGGGCAAGUCAGUGCUCCCUCUUACCCAGGGUACCUGCGCAUUGUAAAGUUUACCAGUGAGCUAUCAGAAAGGAUUCCAAACAGGCCACCCGCCUUCCUACAGGUUUGUGACUGGCUUUACCCCUUGAUGGCAUCUGAUUCCCCAGUCCUGCUGUGCAACACGGGGGUGUACAUGUUCCCUGACAUGAUGGCUCCCACCCCAGGCUCGUAUGUUGGGGUGGUCCUUUCUUCUGAGCUUCCCCAGAAGGAACGUGAACUCUUCCAGAGCGUUCUUUCUCAGCUGACUGACCUGCGUGUCCAGAUUUUUGGUGUAUUUGAGAGUUUAAAAGAUUUAUUUAAGGCAUCAGAUGGCGCAACCGAUACCAUUAACCUGGGUCAGAAGGUGCCGAUGGGGCCUCCUGCAGCUGAAGCAGCACCCCCUGCUGCUGAGGAGGAGAAGGUACUUCCUGAAUGGAGCGAGAAGGUGGCUCAGGGGGUUCUGACUGGGGCUUCAUGGCUGAGCUGGGGGUUGGUGAAGGGGGCUGAGUACACAGGCAAAGCCAUACAUAAAGGUGCAACCAAACUACGAGAGCACAUCACUCCAGAAGACAAACCAUCCCAAGUCAGCCCUACGGUAGCCAAAAGCCUCCAUGUGACCAAACAAGCCACAGGAGGAGCAGUGAAGGUCAGCCAGUUUCUUGUGGAUGGGCUAUGCACAGUCGCUGGACAUGUUGGCCGAGAGUUGGCACCCCAUGUUAAGAAACACGGAGGGAAGAUUAUCCCAGAGUCCCUGAAGAAAGACAAGGAUGGCCGCUCCAAUAUUGAUGGUGCUAUGGUGGUUGCAGCAAGUGGAGUUCAAGGAUUUGCAACGAUGUGGAUGGGGUUGGAGGUUGCAGCAAAGAACAUUGCAAAGAGUGUUGCUGCAGAGACGGUUACCACAGUAAAACAUAAGUAUGGGGCGGAAGCGGGCCAGGCCACAGAUCACGCUGUCAACUCAGCCAUCAAUGUGGGCAUCACCGCAUUCAAUAUCGACAACCUGGGGAUCAAGGCAAUGGUCAAGAAGACUGGCAAAGAGACUGCCCAUGCCAUCCUGGCAGACUAUAAAGUCCAAGAGCCGAGCAGUCAAGUUGAGAAACAUAAAGACCAAAAGUAGAGUUUAGAUUCAGACCUCUCGUUUCAGGUGUCCAUUUUUAAGAGCAAACCAAAUGACUGAUGAAGUGGACUGAUCCUGGUCCGGUUUUUCAAUGAAUGCUUUUGUUGUUAUUUGUGUCUGACACAGUUAGUUGUGCCGUCAUUGCUACUAUUUUCACUGUGUCAUGGGGGAAUUGGUAAAUGCACUUUAAAAAUUCCCUUUACAAGCUGACUGACAGCCCUGCUGGACAGUAUUCCUGAUCUCGCCUUACACUUCACCAGCAAGUUACUCAACAUAUCUCCAAUUUUACUCAAAAUAAAUCUUUAGUUUUGCAUGGUUUGUGUCUUUCAAAUGGACCCUUGAAACAAAGUACAAGCCAAAGGUGGACUUAACGGUUAUCCCAUAGAGCCUUAACAAAUACUAUCUUCUUGUAUUUAAAAAUACAUAUAUAAAGCUUUAAUUAAAAUAUAUUCUAAGAAUGCUUU